UAAAGAAAACGUUUGCCGGAAGAAAAUGACAUAGUUUGGAAGUUACAAAAUGUAAGGAAAUCUACAAUUUUCUUCAAAUCACUUAUAAAGAUAUUGGUGAAUGAACUUUGCUAAGUAUGGAUUCAGGUGGUGGAAGUCUUGGAUUGCACACAUCAGACUCUAGAAUGGCCCAUACCAUGAUUAUGCAAGAUUUUGUGGCUGGAAUGGCUGGUACUGCACAUAUCGAUGGAGACCAUAUUGUUGUUUCAGUCCCUGAAGCUGUAUUAGUUUCUGACGUUGUCACAGAUGAUGGGAUAACUCUUGAUCAUGGUCUUGCAGCUGAAGUUGUUCAUGGGCCCGAUAUCAUUACAGAGACUGAUGUAGUAACAGAAGGUGUGAUUGUUCCUGAAGCUGUACUUGAAGCUGAUGUUGCAAUUGAAGAAGAUUUAGAGGAAGAUGAUGGGGAUCACAUCUUGACUUCUGAACUAAUUACAGAAACUGUUAGGGUACCCGAGCAAGUUUUUGUGGCUGAUCUUGUUACUGGUCCUGGUGGCCACUUGGAACAUGUGGUCCAAGAUUGUGUUUCAGGAGUCGACUCUCCCACAAUGGUAUCAGAGGAAGUUCUUGUAACUAAUUCAGAUACUGAAACUGUGAUUCAAGCAGCUGGUAGUGUUCCUGAUUCUACUGUUACUAUAAAAACUGAAGAUGAUGAUGAUGAUGAUGAUGUCAAGAGUACUUCUGAAGACUACUUAAUGAUAUCUUUGGAUGAUGUUGGAGAGAAAUUAGAGCAUAUGGGAAACACACCGUUAAAAAUUGGCACUGAUGGUUCACAACAAGAUGUUAAAGAAGAUGAGUUUGGUUCAGAAGUGAUAAAAGUGUAUAUAUUUAAAGCAGAAGCUGAAGAUGAUGUUGAAAUAGGUGGAACAGAAAUUGUCACAGAGAGUGAGUAUACCAGUGGACAUUCUGUAGCUGGAGUGCUUGACCAGAGCCGAAUGCAGCGAGAGAAGAUGGUUUACAUGGCAGUUAAAGAUUCUUCUCAAGAAGAGGAUGAUAUCAGUUGCGCUGAAAUAGCAGAUGAAGUUUACAUGGAAGUCAUUGUAGGGGAAGAGGAAGGAACUUCUCUCCCUGAGACUCAGCUUGAGGACUCUGAUGUUAAUAAAACAAUUGUCCCUGUUGUCUGGGCUGCAUCAUAUGGAGAUGAAAGAAGAGUUUCCCGAAGGUAUGAAGAUUGUCAAGCAUCAG